UGAACGUGAGAUCGGAAGGAUUGUUUGUGUUUCAUCUUUCCGUCACGACUUUUAUCCCAUUUACUUAUAUUAUUAUAUUAUAUUAUUAUUACUAUCAUAGUAUAUAAAUAUAAAUUAGUUAUUUAAAAAAAAAUAUUUGAGCGUAUAAAUUUUCAAUUAACAAUUUAGUGUAUUAAUAAAUUGGAGUGUAUAAAAUUUUUUUACAUCAAUGUGAUAGCGUUUAUUAUUAAUAAUUGUUAAUAGUGAAAAUUUUAAUUAUUUGCAUACUUAAUUUUAAAAAAAAAAUUAUUUGACAAAAAAUUAUUUACAAGAAGAUGAUCCAAUAACUGAAUAAUUAUACUGGAAUAAUUACACAAAUAAUUAUAAUUAUUUAAGAUAAAAAAUUAAGUUAUAAAUUAAAAAAACAUAAUUGUUACUUUUGUGAAUUAUUUAAUAAUCAAGGUUAUAGUGAAAUUAUAAACUCAACAUAUUGUUUGUUUUUUAAAAACUUUAAACUACCCAAGUAAAAUCAGCAAUUUAGAUAUCUAGAAAAUAAUUAAAUUUAGAUUCUUCUUCAUGCACCGGAUGCGCGUAAGUUGUCACGGAUAUAAUUAAGGCCGUCUGGAAGUGCCGGGCCGCAUAAAAGACCGCAAAAAAUAAAAAAGUUGAAAAAAAAAAAAAAUCAAGUUUUAAAAGAGUAAAGCAACGAGCGACAGUCGGCAAGAAUAUAAGGAACAGGUGAAGGUAAAGGGAAACUAAAGCUGUGAAUGACGGCUGUUGUAAGUGAAGGUCAAGAAAAAGACACGCUCGGUUUCGGAGCGGAACAGGAUUAUAAUAUAUUAAAGGUGAUGCUCGGUUUCGUGUUAGUUUAAAUAAGCCAACAGUGAGUUUAGUAUUGGUAUUAAAAUCCAUACACUGGUUUUGUUUAGUAUCGACUAUAACUAAAAUCUAUCGUUCAGACGGUGCAACUGCAGCCACUUUACUGGCAUAAUGCAUAUAUGUAUAUAUAUAUAUAUUGGAGUAGUAGUAGAUAAAUAGUAGCAGCAACGGCAGAAGCAAAGUCGCUAGUAUAGGUUGAUACAUUUGAAGUAAUCGCGUGUAUAUACUCGAUGUUGUGUCCAUUGUGCCCAACGUGCUUCAACGUGCUGUGAUAAAGCUGUGAUAUUGUGCAUUUCAUCGACUAAAACCCAUGUGUAUGGGAUCGUCAUUCGUUCUAUUCAUUUAUACUUCGACGCGCUUCACCGCAUCAAAUACAAAUAGCAUAAUUGACAAAUGAUCCAUUGGUAUAAGAGUGAAGAAAGUUGAAUGCUCGUGGCAGAAACUAUUGAGACAAUCAUCAAGCACUUGGUUACGGUGGUUUACUAAGGGGUCACGGACAACAACAACAGGUGGUCGACAACGAGUUACUGACUUUGAAUUGAAGACGGUCUUAUGUACUCGUAAUAAUAAUAAUCAGCUUAUCGAUUAUUAAAAUAGCAAACCACCACUCUGCAUAUGUAUGCACAUAAAAUUUAAUUACUAUAAAAUAAUUUCGAAAAAGUGUGAAAAAGAAUUUUAAAUAAACCUGUAGGAUCAAUAAGAAACGUCAAUACGACUGGGCAAAGCGAAAUACCGGUUGAAAGCCGGUCGUGGUGGCGGUGCGAGUGCAAGUGCCUUGACGACAUGCGAUUAAUACAGAGGUUAGCGAUCAGCGGACUGCUUUCAGUCAUGCUGAUCGUAUUAUUAACUGGUACAUUUAUAACCCGCCGUGAUCUUAUAACGAGUGUUGUCGAUCGUGGUGUCGGGCCUGAGGAAAGAUCCGAACAAAUAAAUCCAGCAUGGGUCCAGGACAAUGCUAUUUCUGAUCCAGAACAUCAACGAAACGAGCUCAAAGAACGUCGACCCGUCAAUGUCAGACACAGACCAGCCGAUUAUCUCGAGCAGUCUUCAGCAAUUGCAUCACCUACCGAUCCCAUUCCUGUUUACCUUGUUAAGGCACCCAAUCCACCGCUGGAUGACAUCACCAAUCAACGCCGUGAAAAAAUUAAGGAGAUGAUGAAGCAUGGCUGGGACAAUUAUGUGAGAUACGCCUGGGGCAAAAACGAGCUGAGACCAAUCUCCAAGAGAGGACACAGUGCCAGCAUUUUUGGAGCUUCAAAUAUGGGCGCUACCAUCGUUGAUGGGAUGGACACGCUUUAUAUUAUGGGACUUCAUGAUGAAUAUAAACAGGCACGAGAUUGGAUUGCUCAGAACCUUGACUUCGAUAUUAAUUCAGAAAUAUCUCUAUUCGAAGCUAAUAUUCGUUUCAUGGGAAGUUUAUUAACUAACUAUGCACUCACAGGAGAUGUUAUGUUCCGAGACAAGGCUGUACAACUUGGUGAGCGAAUGCUACCAGCUUUUCAAACAGAAACGGGAAUCCCUCAUUCCCUUAUCAACCUUCAUACUGGGAUGAGUAGAAACUACGGUUGGGCAAGUGGUGGCUGUAGUAUCCUCUCAGAGUUAGGUACUAUGCAUCUUGAGUUCUCAUAUCUGAGUGAUAUAACUGGCAAUCCGGUUUUCAAGAGUAAAGUCGAACACGUGAGAUCAACAUUGAGGAGUCUUGAAAAACCCAAAGGCUUAUAUCCUAAUUUCAUUCAUCCACGAACCGGCAAGUGGGGAUUACAUCAUAUAUCUCUUGGGGCUUUGGGUGAUAGUUUCUAUGAGUACUUAUUGAAAGCGUGGAUUCAAUCCGGUAAAGACGAUACUGAAGCACGUGAAAUGUAUGAAGAAGCUAUUAAUGCAAUAAUUGAUCACAUGAUCUUCAAAUCACCCGGAGGAUUAACUUAUGUAUCUGAUUUAAAAUAUGAUAAAGUUGAACACAAAAUGGGUCACCUCGCUUGUUUUGCUGGUGGAAUGUUUGCACUUGGUGCAAAAGCGAUGGAAAAUGAUGAAUCUAAAAAUCAUAUGGCGUAUGCUGCCGAACUAACAAGAACUUGCCAUGAGUCUUAUGACCGUAGUGUUACUAAACUCGGUCCUGAAACAUUCCAUUUCACCGACAAAACAGAAGCUAAAUGUUUGAAGAACGGUGAAAAAUACUACAUUUUACGACCAGAGACUUUUGAAUCUUACUUCAUACUGUGGCGAUUGACAAAAGAUCCUAAAUACCGUGAGUGGGGUUGGGAAGCUGUAGAAGCUUUGGAAAAGCAUUGUCGUGUACCAGGAGGAUUCACAGGAAUCAGUAAUGUGUAUUCAGUGGACUCAGCAAAAGAUGACGUUCAGCAAAGUUACUUCUUUGCCGAAACACUCAAGUAUCUCUAUCUACUCUUCAGUGAUGACAGUCUUAUAAGCCUGGAUGAUUGGGUAUUUAAUUCAGAGGCUCACAUGCUUCCAAUUAAAGGAAAUCCUCUCUACCGUCAAGCACCUACGACGCUAUAAGCCGUGUAAUCGAACAAAUCUAGACAAUCCGGUAGUGGUCUCGUUAUUUCCUCUGACUAGUUUAUAAAUAGUCGACAGACAAGAUCUUCCCGGAAAAUUACAUAUUAUGUAUUUAAUUAUGGGCUUUAUGACAAUGUUAAUAAUUCACACUCUCGAUAAAUAGAUUAAGGUACUCCAAUAAAUAUUAAUAAUAAUAAUUAUUUUAUAAGAUUUUAUAUUCUAAUUAUUUAUAAAUUACGCGAUCAAUUUUUUUUUCUAAUGCAAUAUUUAUCGUCGAUCAAAUUUUAAAAUUAAAUACUUACAUUAAGUUUUUAAAGUGAAUAAAAAUAAAUAUAUAAUAUACAUUUAUUGGAUUACCUUAAUCUAAUGUAAUUAAUAAGACGAGUAUACAAAAAAAAACGUAAACAAAUAAUCAAUUAAUAUAAAAUAUAAUAUAAGAGGAAAAAAAGUAAAUUCAAAUAAAAAUGUCGACAAUUAUUGUAAAUAUUGAAAUUAUAAAAUUAUGAGGAUAGAGAUAUGUCUAUGCUUUGCGCAUAACUAGAACGAUUGAUAACCGCUUACAUAACUUUUACCUUAAAUUUAAAAAAGUAAUAAGGUAAAUAUAUGUGGCCUAAGUUAAAUAGCGGCAUGCAGCAACGAAUGAAUUAAUAAAUCGUCCUAGACUGACACCAGAGCCAUCGAGACUGAUUUCAUGAUAAGGCCUGGAUUUAUUAAUUAAUGCUACUUGACACUAUAACUUUUAUCCAAAAAAAUAUAUCAACAAAUUAUUACGCUGUAUAUGUUUUAUGCUUUUAUUCAAUCAUGACGUGGUUUAAUAUUUUUUAAAUAUUUUCUUUAAAUAAUUUUUAUCUUCAAUAAUAAUUAACUCUAAUAGCAAAUUAAUUUGUAUUUAAACAGACACGUCGAUAGAUUUUAUUAGUAAAUAUAAUUUAUGAUUUUAAAAAAUAAAACAGAGUAGAUUUAAUUAGUACUUGAUAUUUGAUGAUAAAGCUCAAUAUGUGUUAUAAAAAAAAAAAAGAAAGAAAACUUGAACCAGUUAAAACUAUUACCGACAUCUUUGAAUCAUUACUCACCUCAUACUUAAUGAUAAUUUUUAACUAGAAAAAUUUUCUCACGCAAGUGUUCCUUCGCGUAUCAAAAGCUAAGUCUAAGGACAAUGCUCGUGAUUUUCGAAGCAAAAAAUAUUAUUAUAAAGAAUAAACUGUGUAUGUACAUAGAUAACUUCUCAUUUUUUUUCUUUGUUUAUCCUCGAUAACUAUUGUUAACUCUAAUAUAAUUUGAAUGCAAAUGAAGAAAUUUAAAAACAAUUAUCGUUUCAUGUGGGAAACAAAAUACACUUAUGCGAUAAUGCACAGAUAGCCUUUACAGUUGUACAUUCGAAAAUAAUCAUUAAAAACAAGUAACUAAUAACGAAAAAACUAAAAAAUAACAAUAACAAUAAACAUUCGAUAUACACAAUCCCGACUAUCGUAUCAUGAGUGCGUUUAUGUAUUAUAAUAAACUAUAAUUACUGAAUGAUAACAGUCUUCAAUAAGAUGUGCAUAAUUUUAAAAAGUCUAUAAAUUAACUGUUAUUAAUUAAUUAACAAAAAAAAAGUAAAUUAAUAAUUAUUGAUUUGAAUGGAAAAAUUUAAUGAAAUGUGUAUUUAAAAAAUAAUAAUAACAGAUAUGUAUAUAAAAGUUGAAUGAAAGUCAUAUCUUAGAAGUGUGUGCAGUAGUAUGAUAAUUAUAUCAAAAUAAUUAUAAUCAUUAUAUAGUUGCAACGAAUUUGAGUAUUUGUAAAAAAUUGUCACAAAUAAUUUAGUUUUUGCACGAUGACAAAUGAUUUAUAUGAAUAUAUUUAUUAAUUUUUUUAAUCAAUCAAAUUAUCGAUAAAAAAAUCAAUUAUUAAAUUUAUAUUUUAAUUAAUUACGGUAACUUUAUCCAAGCAUUUGAUGGCCAGAUUUUACUUAAUACACUUUUAAUAAUCUAUUGAUAAUUCUAUAUCGUCUUGUGCUUUUUAAAAAAAAAUUUAUAAACUUUUAUUUAUUUAUAUUUUUAAUUCAUUAACUAACAAUAAUAAAAAAAAUUAGACGACCUCUAAUAACUUAAAUAUAUAAAUAAUUUUAAAAUAAUCUUCCGUAAACAGUUGUUCAUUAUGAUUAAGAGUAAUUAGAUUGUAAAAAAAAUAACAAUAACAUUCAAAUACUCAAUGACCAUAAACCAUAACAAACUUUUGUAAAAAAGAAAAUGAAUAAUAAAAUAAAAUAUUUGAAUGCAUUUUAUUUACUGAAAUUUAAAUAUUUAUAAAUAAUCAAUAGAAUAAUGUGUGAAUGAUAUUUGUUAUAAAAACGAUAAAUAACGACGAGCGUUUGCAAUAGAUGUUAAUUAAUAAAAAAAUAAAUAAAUACUAGUAAAUAUUUUACUUUUGUGAAUAGAUAUUUAAUAAUUUAUUAUAAAUUAGAGCAACUUAAUUUAAACGAUUUUAUAAAGUGUCGUAUUAUUUGGGAUUUUAUUGUAAUGUUACAAUUUAUACAAUGCAUUUACAAAUUAACCCAGAUAAAACCGGUUAUAAAAUCGUUAUUAAUCCUCCUAAUCAUUGCGAUUUAUAAAUUUAUUAUUAUACAGUAUGCGUGAGAGAUAUAAAUAUAAUUAUAAAUAAUAAAUAUAAAUAUAUAAAUAUAAGUAUAAUAAAAAUAAAUAUAAAUAUAUCCGAUGUUGGAAUUAACAAAAUGUGACAGUGGACUUUUAAUAAUAAAAAACGAAGGAUACAAAUUAUUUAAUUCGUGUGUAUAUAUAUCUAUAUUAUAUAUAUAUAUAUAUAUAUAUAUAUAUAUG